CCGUCGUUUCUCUCUCAUUGGCUUAACUUACUCUUGUCUUUAGGUGUUAGCCGACUAGGAAAUAUCGUGGCUGCACUCCAAUAAGAAUAUUGAUAUUGUGAAUUAUGGAAGCGUAAUCGAAUACUCCGAACACAUGUGACGGCAGUGUAACCAUGACAACAGAAGGUGGAGCAGCUGAGUUCAGUGUUAGCAGCGGUGCAGCUGGUCACCGUCGCUCAGAACAUCACAAAUAAGUCCGAAUAUGACUAAGAAAGCUCUGUCACUGAGUGCUUAGGUGACCUCGGAAUAAGAACCUCGAUAUAUCUGGACCAGUUCAAAUUUGUGGUGUGUAGGUGUUUAACGUUCAACCAUGGACACCACCACCUCUUUGAGGAUGACCUCUCUGACCGUCCAGAGUCUCUUCAGCUACGUGGAAGAGGAGAACCUGGCGGCCAUGAAGGCACUUCUCGACAAGUUCAGAGACGUGGACAGCAGAAGUGAUAAUGGGCAGACUCCUCUCAUGGUUGCAGCCGAGCAGGGAAACCUGGAGAUCGUGCAGGAACUCAUCAGGAGAGGAGCCAACGUCAACCUGGACGAUGUCGACUGCUGGACAGCGCUGAUCUCGGCGGCGAAGGAGGGCCAUAUCGAGGUUGUGAGGGAGCUGCUGGAGAACAAUGCUCACCUGGAACACAGAGAUAUGGGCGGGUGGACUGCUCUCAUGUGGGCAGCCUAUAAAGGUCGCACCGAUGUGGCACAGCUGUUGUUGGAGAAAGGCGCGAACCCGAACAUCACUGGGCAGUACAGCGUCUACCCCAUCAUCUGGGCCGCCGGUCGAGGCCACGCUGAGAUCGUCCAUCUUCUGUUGCAGCACGGCGCCAAAGUCAACUGCUCUGACAAGUAUGGAACUACUCCACUGAUCUGGGCUGCCAGGAAGGGUCACUAUGAGAGUGUCAUGCACCUGCUAGCCAAUGGAGCUGAUGUCGACCAGGAGGGGGCAAACUCUAUGACAGCUCUGAUUGUAGCGGUCAAAGGGGGCUACACUGAAGUGGUCAAAGAGCUGCUGAAGAGAAACCCAAAUGUCAACAUGACGGACAAGGAUGGCAACACAGCGCUGGCCAUCGCUGCCAAAGAAGGUCACAUUGAGAUCGUGCAGGACCUGCUGGAUGCUGGCACCUAUGUCAACGUCCCUGACCGAACUGGAGAGACAAUGCUGAUUGGGGCAGUGAGAGGAGGUCAUGUGGAAAUAGUCAGAGCUCUGCUGAACAAAUACGCUGACAUUGAUGUCCGCGGACAGGAUGGUAAGACUGCCCUCUACUGGGCAGUUGAGAAAGGCAACGCCACUAUGGUGAGGGACAUCCUUCAGUGUAAUCCCGAUACAGAGAGCUGCACAAAGGAUGGUGAGACUCCGCUUAUUAAAGCAACCAAAAUGAGGAACCUUGAGAUUGUGGAGCUGCUGCUGGACAAAGGGGCCAAGGUGUCGGCUGUUGACAAGAAAGGGGACACACCUCUUCACAUUGCCAUCAGAGGAAGGAGCAGGAAAUUAGCCGAGCUGCUGCUUAGGAACCCCAAAGAUGGCCGCCUGCUGUAUCGCCCAAACAAAGCCGGGGAGACGCCAUACAACAUCGACUGCACCCACCAGAAGAGCAUCCUCACUCAGAUCUUUGGAGCCAAACACCUUUCUCCGUCUGAAUCCGACGGCGACAUGUUGGGUUACGAUUUGUACAGCAGCGCUCUGGCUGAUAUCCUCAGCGAGCCCACCAUGCAGCCCCCCAUCUGCGUUGGUCUGUACGCCCAGUGGGGCAGCGGCAAGUCUUUCCUUCUCAAGAAACUUGAAGAUGAGAUGAAGACCUUCGCAGGACAGCAGAUUGAGCCGUUGUUCCAGUUUUCCUGGCUGGUGGUUUUCCUCACUCUGCUGCUGUGUGGUUCCCUGGCUGUUGUCCUUGGCUUUACUGUGGAUCCUAAGCUGGCGAUCGCGGUUUCUCUCAGCCUUCUUGCUUUACUCUACAUUUUCUUUGUCUUGGUGUAUUUUGGAAGCCGCCGUGAGCGGGAGAGCUGGAACUGGGCGUGGGUCAUUAGCACCCGGCUAGCUCGCCAAAUUGGCUACUUGGAGCUUCUGCUGAAAUUGAUGUUUGUCAACUCACCUGAACUCCCUGAACAAACCACACGUGCACUCCCUGUCAGGUUUUUAUUCACUGAUUACAAUCGUCUGUCGAGUGUUGGCGGAGAGACAUCCAUGGCUGAGAUGAUCGCAACGCUCUCAGAUGCUUGUGAAAGGGAGUUUGGCUUCAUGGCCACUCGACUGUUCCGGGUUUUCAAAAACGAUGAGGUCCAAGGUAAAAAGUGGAAGAAGACAUGCUGUGUUCCUUCAUUUGUGCUGUUUGCUUUCACUCUGGGCUGCUUGAUCACGGGAAUGGCUCUCGUGGCAAUUUUCAACGUUCACCAUGAGAACCUGACAGUGAAUACAGUGAUGAUCGCGAUGGCCAGCAUCGUGGGCCUGGCUCUGCUGCUCAACUGUCGGACCUGGUGGCAGAUGGCAGACUCGGUUCUCAACUCUCAGAGGAAGCGCCUGCACAGUGCUGCCAACAACUUGCACAAACUCAAGAGUGAAGGAUUUAUGAAGGUUCUAAAACACGAGGUUGAGUUGAUGUCAAAGAUGGCGAAGACCAUCGAUGGAUUCACUCAGAACCAGACUCGUAUGGCGGUCAUCAUCGACGGGCUGGACGCCUGCGAGCAGGACAAAGUGCUGCAGAUGCUCGACACGGUGCGAGUGCUCUUCUCAAAGGGGCCUUUUAUCUCCGUCUUCGCGAGUGACCCUCAUAUUAUCAUCAAAGCCAUCAACCAAAACCUCAACAGCGUGCUAAGAGACUCCAACAUUAACGGUCACGACUACAUGAGGAACAUCGUCCACCUGCCUGUCUUCCUCAACAGCAGAGGGCUGAGUACAGCGAAGAAGCUUUGCAUGGCCGCCCCGGCCAACGGUGAAGCCCUGGUUGCUGAGGGAUGGCAUGAAGAAGUUGAUCGCAAAGUUCUCCAGGGUGGUUCGGCUCAGGAGCAAGCCAAGUUUGGCAGCAAGACUGCUCUCAAUCGAAGGGACACAUACCGCCGUCGCCAGAUGCAGAAAACCAUCACCAGACAGAUGUCUUUUGACCUGACAAAGCUGCUGGUUACGGAGGACUGGUUCAGCGACAUCAGUCCGCAAACAAUGAGGAGGCUACUCAAUAUAGUGUCCAUCACUGGUCGUUUACUGCGGGCCAAUCAGAUCAUCUUCAGCUGGGAUCGCCUGGCGUCAUGGAUCAAUCUGACGGAGGAAUGGCCCUACAGGACCUCGUGGAUCAUUCUGUUUUUGGAGGAGAGCGAUGGAGUUUCCGACCAGGUCUCUCUCAAAACAAUCUACGAGAGAAUUUCCAAGAACAUUCCCACCACCAAGGACGUGGAGCCGCUGCUGGAGAUCGAUGGAGAUGUCCGCAGUUUCGAGGUGUUCCUGUCCUCCAGAACUCCAGUCCUUACGGCCCGAGAUGUCGAAAUGUUCCUGCCCUGCACUGUCAACCUCGACCCGAAACUCAGGGAAAUAAUUGCAGAUGUGCGCGCUGCAAGGGAGCAAAUGAACAUGGGAGGGGUCAACUAUCCCACGAUGACAAUGCAAGAGACCGGCCCCCGUCCUCAGUCGGGGUACGUUCCGUCGGCUGCCUGCUCUCCAGCAAGUUCCUUCGCUGGGUCCAUGCCUCCUCAGCCGCACAGCGCCUACUUCAGCGGAAUGACUGGUCCUCAGCAUCCCUUUUACAACAGGCCGUAUUUCCCCCAUCAUGUGUAUGACCUGCCAAGGCAUUACUCCCACCAUGCCCCUUCAUCCAUGCGCUCCUUCAUUAAACCACCCAGUCAACCAAAGGAAAACACCAAUGGACUUCAUUUGAAGGCGCUAUCUUACAAAUUUAAGAAGGCGUUUGGCGCUGCUCUGCUCAGCUCCAUGACCACAGACACGGUGUGUGAGCGCCUCAAGCAGAUGGAUGGAAUCGACCACAACAUGCUGCCUCAGUACACCGCCACCAUCAAGAAGGCGAACAUCAACGGCCGAGUGCUGUCUCAGUGCAACCUGGACGAGCUGAAGAAAGAGAUGGAAAUGAACUUUGGGGACUGGCAGCUCUUCAGGGGGAUGGUGAUGGAGCAAAGACACGCUGAGAGCCAGGCUCUGCUUCAGGAUGAGUCCAGAGCGCCGAGUGAGCAGGGGAGCAGCAUCCAGCCCAUGGACAGCAGGAGGCGCUCCGGCGUGGCGCCGCAUGAACCCUUCGGCCUCAAUCUCAGUUUCGAGGAGCUGAGCGGCGUUGGACUGGAGGAGCCGCCGAGGCCCAGCAACAGCUCCCACUGGCCGGUGGUGAAUCUCCGCACCUGCAGCAUGUCCAGCCUCAACUCCCAGGAAUCCUCCAACGACAUCUGCAAGCUGACGGACAAGCAGCAAGCGGAGUACCGCGACGCCUACAGGGAGUACAUCGCUCAGAUGGCCCAGCUGGACAUGUCCGGCAGCGGCGGGGACCGGCCCGUGCAGCCCCACCCGGGACAGUUCCUCCAGUCCGCCGGCUCGGAUGACAAAGGGGCCAGGGAUGGCUCUGACCAAGACAGCCGCAAGUCCUUCACCAAGAGAGGCUCCAAGAGUGAUGCCACAGAUUUCCCCUCCGGGAGCGACGCCCAGCUCCUCGACCCCAUCAGUGAGGAGGACGAGAAGCUGGACCACAGUACCUCCUCCAGGAUUCUGGGCUCCAGGAAAAUGUGCUACCAGAAGCUGUCCAACGACGAAGAUUCCAGCCCGGAAGAAGCCGACAACACCACACCGCUCCUUCAGACCGAGGAGCGGGCGCCGUCCUGCAGCAAGCCUGGCGUGGCGGCGGAGACGCAGGAUCAGAAGGACUCUUCCGAUUCAGGGAUGCGCUCCAGCGACAGCGCCUCGGACCGUUCUCUGGAGGAGGCGGAGGGAGAAGCAGAAGCAGCCAAGGAGCCAGGGAAGCCCACGUUCAUGGAGCUGGAGCUGGACGGCCUGGUGAAGAAGAGAGGCCUCCUCCCCACCAGUCUGAGCGGCCUCCAGGACAUGACGGUGGCUCGCAUGUCCAUCUGCUCAGAAGCUCCGUCGGAGGUCAGCCUGAUGGCCAGCAGCCCGGACGAAGCCUGGCCGCCCGGCAACCUCAACCGCAACAUCUUCAACGACAACGCCGACGACGCCGGCACCAACUCCAACGCCAACAACAGCCACAAGUCGCCGGCUGCCGUCCUGGAGACCGGCACCGCCGCCGUCCCCUCUGCUCUCAUCAUCACGCCCGGCAGCAGCAGCAGCACCACCACCGCCACCGUGCACCACAACCAGAACCUGCGCACCAUCAGCCUGGGGGACGAGCGGGAGAGCGUCCUCUGAAGAGCCGUCCACGAAGGGUCUGGUGUUGCCGUCGUCCCUGGAGCGCCUCGGAACCCUGGGCCGCGCUCGACGUCAACAGCUCAUUAAAUGAAAAACUUCCAAAAAUUGUUAUUCUUAAUGUGUGACGGAGCGACUCGCCUCAGCAGCGUCUCAUUCUGCGACAUUUGCAAUCACAGACAUGGUUUUUAAUUCAGGCAACAGGAAAUGUCAGUCCCUGAACUGUGACGCAGACAAAUGCUGUCACCAGCUGUUCAAAGACGACUGUUCUCACUCAUUAUGGAAAAUGCCUUUGAUCCAGUUCUAGACAAACGGAACAGGCCCAGGGUUCGAGCCGCUCCAACUAGUGCAUGGAUGUAGAACUUCGAUGUGUUGUGUUGUGGUGUUGGCAUGGAUCCUUACGUGUAGUGACUCAAGAAAGUGACUUAAAUAACCCUAGUAUAUCAUCAACCAGGUUGAUGGCUAAAGUAAUAUUCAUCAUAUUAUCGUGCAGUGUGAUGUGUGAUGAUCUGUAACUUUGAUGUCGUGAUGGUGGUGAAGUUGGAAGCCGUCUGGUUGUAGGUUUAGUUCUCCUGACGCUUGAAAAUUAAAGCUCAAACUCAAAUUUUAAAUUCCGAACACAAAUCCGUGCUUAAUCUAUUUCAAUAUUGAUGUUUGUGAGUUGAUGUGAAAAAGGUAGUUCGGUGAAAGCGACAGAAAUAUAAUCCCGACGCUAAAUUUCUGGAAAUAAUUCAGGCCCGCCACAGCGCUCCUUUGAUGUUUAUUAAUUGAAGAAAUAUUUACAAAGAAUGGAAAUACAUGAUAGUGCUGUCUGUUUCGUGUGACACAAGCAUGUUUAAGAGACUAAAUAUUACAUGGAAAAGAAAAUGUUAGAUGAACAGAAGCCUGUGUUGUCAAGGUAGUGGCUGCAUGCACUUUUUUCUUCCGUUAAAUGUUGUUUGUGAAUGAAUAAAUAUUGACCUGUGCUGACCCUUCGAAUUACCUUUCUGCCUUUGUUCUUUCAUGAGCGCUCCGACACUGGCGCCGAGCGCUUGAGGCCUGUCGGCCGAUAGAUGGCGCUCUUUCCACAGACUUGCGGUUCAAGCCUGGGAAUCCGGCUUGGAGUGGGUGACAUCAGAGGUGAUGGAAUUUAAAGGAAAUAUUCGAGGAAUUGUAAAUUCCUAAAUUAUUAGGUCACUUGAAUAAUAAUUCUUAUAACGUACUAUUUUAGAUUCUUUAUAGUCGCUUUUAUUUUAAAGAGUUGCUGCCUAUUUCUGUGUCAAUAUGAGUGAAAUAAUGCUUUUAAAAAGAGCUUGGUUCUAUUUAUUAUUUCUUUAACAGGGUCAGGUUGUGACGCUCGGCUCCUAAUCUCAUUUACUGUACAUUGCAAGCAAGGAAGUCAACGUUACACCGUCUUAAACAAACUUAUGCAACUGCGUGUCCUCGGGUUAUUUUAGUCCACAACGAUCUUUUAAACAUCUUAAGGCUAAAUACAGGUGACUUCGGGGGAAGAUAAAUAACUUGACAAACAGAACAUUUUGAGUGGUUGGGGAAAGGCAUGUCGGAGACCUGAAUGACUCAUAGAUGGCCUUUGACCCUGUGUAGUUUACAAUUGAAAGUCCAGUCUAACAGCAUUAGUGCAGGUCUCCUCUCAGGUCAAGGCCCUUUGGUCACCUCACGUAGGUCCAAUACAAGUGACCCACAUGCCUUUCAAUGAACCGGUGGAACCACACAGUACAGCAGUGAGUCAUGUAUAGAAAACAUCCUCAAAUGAAAGAUUCAAGUGUGUUUUUCCCCAUUUAUUUUUGUAUAAAAAGGUACGAUUUACAUUACUUUUAUAAAAAGUUUCAGCAUAAUUAAGUACAACAUUAGACUUUUGCAGAAGUGUCAAAUUCCUGCAACUAUACAAGAUAAACUCCGCUCAAAGAGUUCACAAGAUUCCAUUCUUUUUCACUUCUUGUUCAAAACAAAGUCCAGUCCUUCAUGUGCCAACACUUCUGACAAGACGAGACUAAACUUUUUUUUUGUUUGUUUUUUUUGUUUUUGUUUUAUUAUUUAUGUACAGUAACUAACCAAGUUCUAGUCACCUCCGCAAAAAAAGCGAAGACUUCAACAAGGAAGGACAACAACUGGGGUCAAACCGGGGUCGGCAAAUAAUC